GGGUGAAUACAUAAUUAGCCAUACCCGGCCACAAAAUACUGACCAAAUGCCGCUCUAAAAACAUCUGUCUUCUUCCUCCGUAUCAUCCCUAUCGUCCAUACCUAGUGGCACGGAACUGGUCCAACACAACAUGAUAUUUAUUGCGUUCCUCAUCAUCCCUGCUUUUAUCGUCUUGUGGGGUGUACUGCGUGGGUGUAUGAUCCGUCGUGCGACAAAACGGCAGGCUGAGCUGCCACAAAGCCGGCCAGCACCACUUAGGCAUGUACCAGUGCUCGAUCCUGCAUUCGCACAACCAGUUCAGUAUCCGCCCCCUGUUGCCAGCCACUACUCUCGUCGCAGCAUUGAGACGGAUAUCCUCCCUAUAUACAACCCGCCGUCACGGUCCCCAGUGCUUAAGGACGACCCACCUGCAUACAAUACGCUGAUAGCCCCACCGCUGUCGAUGCAGAUGGCCGCAUAGUUUGUGUGUAAAUGUAGUAAUUCGCUCUGGUCAACCAAAUUCCAUCACGUUUUUCGCCCAUAAUCAAUAACGAUUGCCCCAUUGUAUGCACCUCAACAGUCACUCUGUG